AUGACGGGGUUCGACGAUGAGUUGAAAAAGGGGGUAGUGCCGGACCUCACUAUCACAAUCGAAGCUGAUGAUAACAAAGGAGAUUAUAUCAAAUUGUUGCCUUGCUCCGAUGAGGGUUCACCGUUAGGUGCGUCGGAGGAGAAGGAGGAGUGUGCUCCCCCGGCGAGAAGAUCCGUUGUGUGGUACUGGAUCAAAAUGGUGUUGUUGUUUUUAUUCUUAGGGUUUUUGGCUGUUGCUGUGCUCAAGUGGGUUGGACCCUAUUUCAUAGACAAGGAGGUUAUUCCAAUAAUAAAUUGGGAAACAGAGACUUUCAGUCCUCCGGUGCUUACUAUUUUGGUGUUUGCUUCAGUAGCACUUUUUCCAACUAUACUUUUUCCUUCUACACCCUCUAUGUGGGUUGCUGGAAUGAAAUAUGGUUAUGGAUUUGGGUUUUUGCUGAUAAUACCUGCAGUAGCUAUUGGUGUUUCACUCCCUUUUAUCAUUGGCUCAAUCUUUCAUCAUAAAAUUGAAGGAUGGUUGGAGAAGUAUCCAAAGAAGGCUUCUAUCCUAAAGUCUGCUGGAGGUGGAAGCUGGUUUCAUCAGUUUCGAGCAGUUGCCUUAAUCAGGGUUUCUCCAUUCCCUUACAUGAUCUACAACUACUGUGCUGUGGCAACAAAUGUCAAGUAUGGGCCUUACAUAAUUGGAUCCUUGGUUGGAAUAGUGCCAGAAAUAUUCGUUGCACUCUAUACGGGAAUUUUGAUCCGGACACUGGCUGAUGCUACAAAUGAAAGACAAGCUCUAUCUGCCCAGCAGAUCAUUUUCAAUGCUUUAGGCUUCUGUUUAACUGUGGCUACAACCAUCAUUAUUACAGUUUAUGCCAAGAGACGGCUCAAGGAGUUGCAGGAAGAGGACAAUGCAAUAAUAGUCCAGUAG